AUGAUAUUUACUCCCUCUUUCCACUUCAUUAAAAAUGUUUUCCUAGUGAGCCUUUUGGUCAGCCAUAGUUAUGGUGCAAAGACUAUUACGUCCACUUCCGCUGACGAUACAUUUGCCAGGUCCGCAGCCGCAGAUGCAGACAUGGCGUUCUUCAUGGAGUUUUUAAACGAUUUUGAUACUGCCUUUCCACAGUAUACCUCGUACAUGAUGCAGAACCAUCUAACUCUACCCCAAGCUGUUGCUGACUACUAUUAUCACAUGGUUGACUUGACCUCGACGGCAGAUUUGCAAUCUGAUAUCGCUCAGAGUUUCCCUUUCACUCAGUUCCAAACAUUUAUUACGGGCUUUCCAUGGUAUACAUCUUUACUAAACAAAGCCUCGGCUACGACCAUAUACCUACCACAACAUUUCAUAACAGAUGAGACAGAGGCCACCAUGACUAACUCCUCUUAUAUCAGCCAAACAUCCUCUGCUUCCAAUUCUAUUCCUUCCUCGACAGCUAACGCAAGCCAGUCCAUUAUUCCCAAGGCCAACAAUAAAAAUAGCACAGCAACACUCACAUCAACAUCAAAUUCUUCAUCAGCGUCUAGCACUAGUCAAUCACAAAAUGGUGCCCAUGCCAAAAGCUUGUAUCUCCCAAUGGCAUUGUUUGGGAUCCUUGCAGCUGCCCUUUGA